AUGAAGUUAAAAGAUAAAUUAGAACUGUACAACUACAUGCAUUUACAUUUUUUGAGUGAGGAUUUUAAUAAUCCUACGGCAACACAGGACAGUGUGCUUCGUAAAGUGGCCGCACCUUUUGAAUUUCCGCUGAGCAAAGAUGACAGGAAUGACAUAAUGCUGUUCAAGUACAGCUUUGACGAGAGGGAAUAUUUGGGAAAAAUAGACAGAGUGUAUUAUUCAAUAUCCGGCCCACAAUUAGGUAUAUCAAAACGGAUGAUAUACUUCAUGGUUCCGUUUGGAAGAGGGGUGGUCCAACCCUUCCCAAGGUCGUACUGGCUAAAUCCGUCUUGGGAACCGAUUAAAGAAGAAGUGGAAGAAGUAGUCACUUUUGACGAUGAGCCAAUUGUUGAUGUAAAAGACGACACAGAGGAAGCUUACGAGAUGUGCCUGUCCACAAAUAUGGCCGGCAAAGUAAGAAGACAUAGGAGUAUAAAGUAUACGGCAACUUUAGUGAAUGGGAAGAAGGUUACAGGAGAGGCCCAUGGAUUAACCGCAAGAAUAAUUCAGCACGAGAUUGAUCACUUAGACGGGAAGCUAUUGGUCGACCACGUCCCUCGAGAGGAGUUGAUUACCGCUGAGGAAUACAAGAAAAGACGCAAGGAAGCGUGGGGAGGCAAAAGCUGGAUGAAUAUGCAGGAAGAACUGAAAGCAGAGCACGAGGCGCUUAAAGCAUCAUAUCCAACACUUUUCAAACCAAAGAAAGUCAAACAGAAGAAGAAGAAGAAAAAGCAUUAA